UCUGCCAGGUGAUGGUGUUCGACGACAAGGCGGGCUACGAGUUCCACGUGUCCGACAGGAUCGAACUGAAGCUAGGCAUUCGGUGCAAAAGCCAAGGUGAGCUGAGCUGCAGGUCCACAAGGCUAGGCUACCAAGUCUGCGCGCGAACCUCUGUGGAGGCCGUGGAGGGCGGCUCGGCGAUGCUGCCCUGCACCUUCUCGUACCCGGCUCACCUACCGCCCAGCAGAGUUUCCGUGUCCUGGAGGCCGGAAGGGUUUCACGAAGCCAUCAUGUUCCAGAGCGCUGAUCCGUUUCUGGGAGAGAAUUUCCUUGGGGACGGCGGCGGGGGCCGCGUCUCCCUUGCGGGAAACUUGAGCACACACAACGCGUCCAUCUCGAUCCGCGACCUCAGACUGGACGACUUCAAGGCGUACGUCUGCCAGCCGGUCAUGUACUACGUGAACAAGGAGAAUGUCUUUCAAGUGUCCGAUCCAAUCAAGCUGAAGUUGAAAGAGCACACCGAAAUACCCGCAACCCCCGAGACAACGACGACGGCAGCUACAUCAUCAGCAGCACCAUCUCCUGCCGCGACGACUCAAUCCCCUCGAGUUUCACGCGCUCCCGUCCACUCCGUCGCCACCGCCGCCGCUGUGCUCGGUUGGGCGGCGCUCCUGGUGCUGGCGCUCGCAUGGGGGAGACGUGCCGCGUGCACCAAGAGACGCCGGGCAAGAGAUGCACAACAGGAUAUCGGUGGUGAUGACAACAACUGCACUACUGACCCUGCAACGUACGCAGAAUACGAGGUGGAGUGUGCCAAGUUCCAGGAUGUUGAGGGGGUCUACAGUGACUGCAAGGAGCAUUGCAACAACAUCUACGAUCGUCUGGAAGAGGCACAAGACUCAACGUUCGUGACCACAGCUGGAGGGGAUAAGCGUGGCGUGGAGUGAGGAUAUUGAGCCGAUCAGAGGCCAGUAAUCCCCCUAUGGUCUUUGCACACCUGAUAGGCUCAUCACAGUGAUGGCAUCACCUUUACUCCCUCUAUUCUUCAUAAUUAUGAAAAAUCGCGUGAAGAUGGUUGUUGCUGUAAUCACCAGCGAAACGUCACGGUACUCGAAUUGUAAAUGUUGUGGGUGUGUUUAACACGCAGGCUUUCGCGACCAAUAUCAUCCAUGAGAGUUUUUUUUAGGUUAGAUCGUGUAAAUAUAUAAAUGUGUCGUUAAACCCGCCACCA